AUGCAAUACACCACUUCCACUCUCGCCUUGGCGCUGGCGCUAUUCGGCGGUUCUGCUCUUGCCACUCCCAUCCAGGUUGAGGAGAGGGCUUCCACUUCGUGUACCUUCUCCGGUAGCACUGGCGCGGCUGCUGUCGCCAAGUCAAAGACUUCUUGCUCGGCCAUUGUCUUGUCGUCUCUUGUAGUGCCGGCUGGGACCACACUUGAUCUUACUGGGUUGAAGCAGGGCACUACGGUCACUUUCCAGGGCACGACAACUUUUGGCUACAAGGAGUGGGCUGGUCCUCUCGUCAGCGUCUCCGGUACCGAUAUCUCUGUCACUGGCGCUUCCGGUGCAAUUCUCGACGGCGGAGGGGCCAAGUACUGGGAUGGCCAGGGCUCGAACGGUGGCAAGACCAAGCCCAAGUUCUUCUAUGCCCACAACAUGAUCGGCAAAUCUUCAAUCAACAGCCUCAAUAUCAAGAACACCCCAGUUCAGGUAUACAGCGUCAACGGCGCCGAUGGUCUGACCAUCAACGGAGGCACCAUCGACAACUCCGCGGGUGAUGCUGGAGGUGGGCACAACACCGAUUGUUUCGAUGUGGGCAGCAUCACUGGCCUUACGAUCUCCGGGAUCACCUGCAAGAACCAGGAUGACUGUCUCGCCAUCAACUCCGGCACGGAUAUCACGUUCACCGGUGGUACCUGCUCAGGCGGUCAUGGUCUCUCCAUCGGCUCCGUCGGCGGACGCUCCGACAACACCGUCAGCGGUGUCACGAUCGAGAACUCCAGCAUCAGCAACUCGCAGAACGGUGUCCGUAUCAAGACUGUCUCUGGCGCUACUGGCUCUGUUAAGGGUGUUACGUACAAAAACAUCAAGCUCUCCGGCAUCACCAAAUACGGUGUGGUCAUUGAGCAGGAUUAUGAGAACGGCUCGCCAACUGGCACCCCAACAAGCGGUGUCCCGAUUACCGGUCUCACGCUCAAUGGCAUCACUGGCUCCGUCACCAGCUCUGCGACUGAGGUGCAAAUUCUGUGCGCCGCUUGCUCCGGCUGGACCUGGUCUGGUGUCAGUGUGACUGGUGGCAAGAAGAGCAGCUCCUGCAAGGGUGUGCCGUCGGGCGCCUCCUGCUAG